AUGGGUGAUGAGUCAGUACCAUUUUUGCUGGACCAAGGAACCACUAAAACAUAUCAAAUACCUAUUGGUCAUCUGGACUACAGGUUCAUUGAAAAAUGCACCGACGUUAAACACCUGGAAAAGAUUCUAAGGGUCUUAAGGUCUGGUGAAGAGGGAUGUUAUCCUGAACUUACAUCAUUUUGUGAAAAGCGUAUUGAGCAUUUAGAUCCAAGGAGCAGAGCUCUGAGAAAAGAUAAGCCUGCAGCCACAGCUUCUGAUUUCACAGCUGAAGAAUGGGAAACAAUUAACAGUGAACUGAUGAGCUGGGUGACAGAAAUGAAUGAAGACUAUAAUAAACCACAAUUCCUGAGAACGGACGCACUGCAUGAAAGACAAGACAACUUGCCUCCUAUUCGUUGUUCCAGCAGCUGUCUUCCUGCUAAUCAGGGAGGGACAUACCAGAAAUACAGUCUCAUGACAGAGGCAGAAGAGAUGCCAAAGGUGCCUGCGAUGGAAAUAGGUUCCAUUGCUGUAGCAGAUGGGGUGCGAUACAAGUCAGUUGAAUCUGUUAUUGGGACUGAUUGUUGCAGGAAGGUCCUAGGGUUAGAUUUUAGGUUUGAUGCGGAAGAGGAGUGUUCUAAAAUUGAUGAAGGAUGUAAAGAAAAUAACUCAAAAGCAAGAUUCUUUUGUAAGCCAAGUCCACCUAUAAUUGAAAAGAAAAUAGACACAACUGGCAUGACAAAGAAAGAGAAGAUUUUUAUUGCUACUCGUGAAAAAGAAAAGGGCAAUGAAGCCUUUGCCAUUGGUGAUUAUGUGGAAGCAGUGACUUAUUACACUCGGAGUAUAUCAGUAAUACCCACAGCAGCUGCAUAUAAUAACAAAGCUCAGGCAGAAAUCAAGCUUCAGGACUGGGACAGUGCAUUGCAGGAUUGUGAGAAGGUACUAGAUAUGGAACCUGGCAACAUAAAAGCUCUGAUGCGCCGUACCACUGUACACAAUCAUCUGCAGAACUACCAGACAGCUAUAGAGGAUCUGAACAAAGUAUUAUGUGUUGAACCAGAAAAUGCUAUAGCUAAGAAAAAUCUGCUAGAGAUUGAAAAGAAACUGAAAGGCUUAGAGCCUGUAUCUGAGACUCAAGGCAAAGGAAAAAGAAUACUUAUUCAAGAUAUGGAGGAUUCAGACGAUGGCGAAGAAAGAGAGGAAAAUACAGAAGAAUGUGAAAGAAGCAGAGGAGAUAAAGAAACUGGCGAGCGAGCCGCGGGAGAGGAGGCGGGGAUGGGGAACGCGCAGAAGAAGUCGCACGGCAGAGGAGGCGGCGGUAAGGCGGGCGAGAGGGAGACGCAGAAGCAGAAGGAAUCCCCUGAGAGCGGAUUAAAAAAAGGCACAUCAGAGAAAAAACCGCAAAAGCAUUUGUCAGAGCAUGAAGGUGAAGUUAAUGGCUACUUACACAGUGAUCGAAAGAGGGAAAGCCCUGGCGCUGAGAUCUCCGGAUCGGACGGAGCAGGGUCUCAGCCGGCUGGUGGUGGCAUGUCUACUUCGCUUCCUCCUCCUGCAGCAAAACUAAAAAGUGAAGGGAACGAGUUAUUUAAGAGUGGACAGUUUGGAGAAGCUGUGCUCAAAUACUCGGAAGCAAUUGAAUAUGUCAUUGGUCUAGGAGAACAGAGUCCAGAUGAUUUAAGUAUCUUGUACUCAAACAGAGCAGCAUGUUACCUCAAAGAAGGCAACUGCAGUGACUGCAUUCAGGAUUGUAACAGAGCUCUGGAGCUUCAGCCAUUUUCCCUCAAGCCUCUUCUGCGACGAGCAAUGGCAAAUGAGUCUAUGGAGCGGUAUCGACAGGCAUAUAUUGAUUAUAAAACAGUUCUACAAAUAGACAGCAGCAUCCAAGCAGCAAAUGAUAGUGCUAAUAGAAUAACAAAGACUUUAAUAGAUCAGGAUGGUCCCAAUUGGAGGGAGAAACUGCCACCAAUUCCAGUUGUCCCAGUUGCUGCUCAGCUACACAGGUGGGAUGGAGGAAACUUUCCCGCAGAGAAGAAGCCAAGAAGUGCUAAAGAUGUCAACAGAGAGGAACAGAUGCACAUGAAUUGUGAGAAAGCUGCGGAGAAGUUCAAGAAAUUGAAGAAUGAAGGGAAUGAUUUUGUAAAAAGGGGUAAAUAUGAAGAAGCUGUAAAUAAAUACAGUGAAUGCAUGAAGUUAAAUACUGAGGAAUGUACGAUCUACACUAACAGAGCUCUCUGUUACUUGAAACUGUGUAAAUAUGAAGAGGCUAAGCAGGAUUGUGAUCAUGUUCUUCAGACAGAAGAUUCUAAUAUUAAAGCUUUUUAUAGAAGAGCACUAGCAUACAAAGGAUUACAGAAUUAUGAAGCCAGUGUUAAUGAUUUCAACAGAGUACUUCUAAUAGAUCCAAAUAUUCUCGAAGUGGUUGACUCUGAUGAGCAGGAGGAGACACAGUUUGCUACAGCAGAAGAGGUGACUGAUCAUGUUACUCCUAAGGAGGCUGUUCAGAAGAGCGUGCCGCUGCAUACCUCUGAGAAACUGCGUGUUUCUGAACCAUCCAACGCUUAUGACUUCGGGCAGAUGAUCAAUGCAGUGAACACCAAUAAGGAUAAAGCUGCUUGUGCAGAUCUUUUAACAGUUACUGAUCCAAAAAAAUUGCCAGUGCUGCUAAGUAACAAACUCGAAGGAGAAAUCUUUUUGAUUUUUAUCCAGUCAUUGGAACAUUACGUAGUUGGGAAAGAUCCUGGCCUUGUAUAUCAGCACCUUUUCUACCUGAGCAAAGCAGAAAGAUUUAAGGUGGUGCUGGCCCUUCUUAGCAAAAAUGAAAAAGAAGAGGUUCAGCAACUGUUUGACUUACUUUCAGAAAACCAGAAUAAUCAGUACUCUUUGGAGGAUCUUGAGAGCCUUAAAAAGGUUUAUGAACUUUAA